AUGUUGCCAGAUACUGUAUCGUCGCAGUUCCCGGACCGACCGAUUCGGCCGUUACCGAAACGUCGACUGCGCGAGAAGCUCUCACCAGGGACCGUAGAGACAAUAGCGUAUCCUCCUUCAACUCAGGAAACUACGCCUCUCUUUUAUUACCCCCCAUACAACUUCAGAAAACACACGAGCCCGCCAAGGGCAUGUUCUACAAGCCCAUCUCAACAAACUCGUCGAGCGGAGGAGGGCUGCAACUAUACCCCUCGACGAAACGGGCUGGGGCUACCAGAUGGCGAAGACGAAGAGCCGGCUUUGCGAAGCACUCUUGUUACUAGAACACCCCCAGAGAUCUUGACUCGCGAGACUCAGCGAUCCUCGAAGCCAGAUAUCCCUGAUCCGCAACCGCCGCUUUCCGCAACGUCCUCUGUGGAUGGUUAUGAUGUAUUUGAAAACACGAACAACAAAAAGAAGCGGAAAAUUCCUUCCGCUGGGGAGCUUUCUGUUAAUGGUACCCAGGGCUCGAAUAAUGAGAUUGCCAUUUCAGCUGGUGCAGCUGCUAACGCGAACUCAGAGCAGGAGGGCAGUGGUAUAAUAUCAAAUGCUAUCGCAAACGCCGAGAAACUUCGACCUCAGGGACAGGAGAACGUGAGUCUGCUUCAGCAACACUCUAUCGCAACAAGAUCGACUCCAGCAUCGACCCAAUUCACUUUCACCUGUGAUUCCCAAGUUCCUGGCAUGAUUCAGUGGCCUGGCCACUCGAGCAAGCACAGCAUGUCAACUCAGGCUGGCCCUGGCUCCUUACCACCUGGCAGUGUUGCUCCUCACGAUGGGUCUUCCGUGGCAGCUAGUCGAGGCUCCGGAAGUUCUCGUCGAGACAGCAAACGACGCCUAGACAGAUCACUCGAAAGGGCUGCGCGUCGUCGUCGUCAAGAGGCGCGGCGGGAUUCCACCAAAACAGCUGACGAAUGGAUUUGCGAAUUCUGUGAAUAUGAGAUGAUAUUUGGGGUACCACCCAAAGCAUUGAUCCGGCAGUAUGAGAUGAAAGACCGUCGGCGCCGACAGGAAGAAGCUGAUCGCAAACGACUUCUCGAAAAGGCCAAGGAGAAAAGUCGGAAGGCCAGAAAGGGCGGCAAGAAAGCUGCAUCUCGGGGCGAGAAUGCUGCCGCUCAGAACUCGCUUCAGGAGCCUAGCACAUCUGUGGACAUGAACCACAAUCAUUCAAAUCAGUCAGUAGAGGACGAGAACCAUUUCCCGAAUUCCCCGGGAGAUCGCACUGGGCCAGACAUACCGACUGAGAUCCAGUCAUCAUAG